AUGAAAAGUAACUCAAAAUUUGUGUAUUACAAACUGAGAUAGAGAGGGUGCCUUUUUUGUUUCUUUAAUCUCAAUAACAAAACAGGUUAGAAUAUAAAAAAAAGGCAGAACAACUUUUUGUUGUACAAAUUUCUUUUUUUAUUCUGCCAUAUUUCUAACUCUGAAUAGUUAUUGAGAUUGAAGAUUUUCAGGCUUCUGUGAAUAUAAUUAUUUAUUUUAUUUAAAAAUAUAUAUAAUAAUGGCAUUCACAGGAACAUUGGAUAAAUGCUCAGCUUGUGAUAAAACUGUUUAUUUUGUUGAUUUGUUGUCUGCUGAUGGUGUUACUUAUCAUAAAUCAUGCUUCAAAUGUAGCCACUGCAAAGGCACACUUGUGAUGAGCAAUUACUCUUCUAUGGAUGGAAUCCUGUACUGCAAGACUCAUUUCGAACAACUAUUUAAGGAAUCGGGAAAUUUUAGCAAGAAUUUUCAGAAUCCCAAGUCUGAGAGGCAAAAUUCAUUGACAAGAGCUCCAAGCAAACUUUCAGCUAUGUUCUCUGGAACCCAAGAUAAAUGUGCUGCUUGUGACAAAACUGUUUACCCACUUGAAAAGGUGACAAUGGAAGGAGAAUCAUUCCACAAAUCAUGUUUCAAGUGUGCACAUGGAGGUUGUGCACUUACCCAUGCAACAUAUGCAUCCCUUGAUGGAAACUUGUAUUGCAAGCAUCAUUUUGCUCAACUCUUCAUGGAAAAAGGAAAUUACCAACAUGUCCUCAAAGCUGCAAAUAACAAAAAGAAUAGUGCUGCUGUAACACCAUUAAAUGAUGAUGAAAAUAAUGCUGUUGAAAAUAAAUCAACAGAAGAGAAUAACAAUGAUGAUAAUAAUAAAGAGCCUGAAAAUGCAGAGGAAUCACAAGAAUCAUAAUAUAAAAAAAAAAG